AUGCCCAAGCGGUCAUGGCGGAAGAGGUCGAUGUCUGCGACGGACAUCACCGGCGAGCUUCCCAUCUACAAUCCUGCUUCCACCAUUGGCCGGAGAGAGAGUCAGAGCUGGAGCACGAGAUCAGUAGUUAAAUACAAACGGAUUCAUCUCAUUCCUCUUGUCGUUAUGCUGUGCUUCUUCAUCCUCUGGUGCUUCAGUACUUCCGUGGAGUUGGAAACCAAAGAUGGGAGAACUCAUUUUGUCCCAAGAGCCAAGAAGCCGAAGCAAAAGAAUGCAGAAACAGAUGUUGAUCUUACUGUGUUGGCAUUAGAAAGUCCACCAGAUGGUUUCUUGUCACUUUCGAAUGGACCAUAUGCCUCAUUAGCUGUUCUUCAUCAGCCCCAUGUGUCAUUCUUGGAUUCUCAUGAUGACAAUGCACCAUUAACAGCUUCUCAUGAGCCACAUGCCUCAUUUUCAGUGUCUCAUAAGCUAAAACCUCCAUUGUCAGUCUCACAUGAUCCAAGUGCCUCAUUCUCUGAUUCUCAUGAACCUAACAAGUUGUUAUCGGAUCCACAUGAGCUAGAAGCAUCAUAUACAGUUUCCCAUGAUGCAAUCUCAUAUCCAGGCAUAAGCAAUGAAGAUGCACCAUAG